AUGCUGUCGCUAGGCACAAUUCGCUUUCUGUCUACAGAUGUAUUCGAUGAUGCCCCAGGAGAACUGGUACACGAAUUCAGGAGAGAGGGUGUCAGGAACGUCGCAAUCGUAGCACAUGUUGAUCACGGUAAAACCACUUUGGUAGAUACGCUAUUACGGUCGUCCAAUGGCGAAACCAAUGAUGAGAGGCUGUUAGACAGUGGAGAGCUGGAAAGAGAACGAGGAAUUACGAUUAGUUCCAAGGUCACAAGGUGUGACUACAAGAAUACCACAAUAAACAUCGUUGACACUCCAGGUCAUGCUGAUUUUGCUGGGGAAGUCGAUCGUAUCCUUUCUCUGGUAGAUGGCGUUUGUCUUGUAGUGGAUGCAGCUGAAGGUGCAAUGGCACAAACCAAGUACGUGCUUUCUAGGGCUCUCUCGCUAGGAAAGAAUCCGAUCGUUGUGAUAAACAAGGCGGAUCGUCUCGAUGGAUUGAGUAAGAUUGAAAGUGGGGAGACAGAAUCCCAGCUCCUUGACCUUUUCGACUCGUUGGGGGCUUCCGAACAACAAUUGAACAGCUUGACGCACACACUUUAUGCAAGUGCUCGAAAUGGCUGGAUUACAGAUGAUCAAGAAGUAGCGUCUUCAAUUGCAAAGAAAGGAAAUACAGGCACUGGGAAUGACAUGACUUUGCUCUUGGACCGAAUCAUAGAACUGAUCCCAGAACCAAAAGUCACAUCAAGGGUAAACGAACCAUGCAACGAUAGUCCAAUUACACUUCCGGGAGAGUCAUUUGAGAAAGAUCCAUUCUCUUUGGCAGCUGUCACUGUUGGUUACGAUUCAUACCUUGGCAGAAUGUGCACUGGACGAAUUACUUCUGGUUCCAUUCAAAUUGGGGAUGAAUGCAUUGUUCUCAAGGCAAAGAACAAAGCGGCAGGAGACGGAAUUGAAUCUAAAGAAACGAGUGACACAUCCUCCAUCUCUGGAUUAUUUGUUAAUAGAGGGAUAUUGAGAACCAACUUGGUUCCAGCCAUUGGCUACGCUGGAGAUGUCAUUACGCUUGCUGGUGUACCAAACUCGAUUGCUGUCGGCGAUACAAUUACGAAAGCUGACAACCCUGUUGAGGAACCGCUAGAGACUCUUCCUCUGGCGCCACCCAUUCUUGCAAUGGAGUUUGGCGCCAACGAUGGACCUUUGAGCGGUAGCGAGGGGUCCGAAGUAACGCCAACUAAAGUUCGAAAUCGCUUGAUGGUAGAAAUAGACAACAACGUUACUUUGACGGUUGAGAAAGCACAAGGUAGUGACAAGACAGUAGUUCUUGCAAGGGGGGAGCUGCAGCUUGGGAUUCUGAUAGAGCAAAUGAGGCGAGAGGGUUUUGAGCUAAUUAUUUCUCCUCCAAAGAUAAUGACAAAGUUAUCAGACGACGGAAAGACAAUCCUUGAACCAUUCGAAGAAGUAACAGUUGAUGUGGACUCAGAAUAUGCAGGCUACAUCGUCUCAGCCUUGACAGCCGACCGCAAGGGCACUCUGUUGAGUAUUGAGGAUUCUGAUUUUGGUAAGAGCCGCCUUCAAUUCGAAAUUCCUGCCAGAGGUUUGCUAGGAUUCCACUCCGAGGCCGCAACAGCAACUCGGGGUAGCGCUGUCAUCAAUCACUGCUACCUUGACGAUCGCCCAAUCACGCAGCUUGGAAAUGGCUUAGAGAAAGGUAAGCUGAUCAGCAGCGAGAACGGCAAAGCGUCCCACUACGCUUUAGCGUCGUUAGAAGCGCGAGGUACCUUGUUCGUUGAACCCGGGGACCUGGUAUAUCCUGGGAUGAUUAUCGGAGAAAAUGCUAAACAAGGAGAUUUAGAGGUAAAUCCAGUACGCUCUAAACAGGCAACAAACAUGCGAACGCAAGCAAAAGACGAGCGUGUUUAUUUGCAACCACCUAGGAAAAUGUCUCUUGAGGAGCUCUUGGGAUACAUGGGACCAGAUGAAAUGUUGGAAGUCACCCCCUCGAGCAUACGGCUCCGAAAAACCGAGCUAGAUCCUGUUGAGCGACGAAAAGCAUCUCGUGUCAAGAAGCAAAAGAAGGAUGCAUUGAAGCAAAAGAACAGAUAA